AAUAAACCUAAAAUUCUAAAUUCCUACCUUUUUUGGAGAAGAUUUGCAAAUUUCCAUCCUGAAAGGUUUGGAUUUUAUUACAGAAUUGCAGUGUGCUGAAGAGUUUGAGUCUCCAAGGUGGUUUAAAUUUUCUUAAAAAAAGUCGAAUCUUUGAGAGUUUUAGGUAGAUUCAAAAGAUGACAAUUGGGGAUAUAACACCAAAGAAGGAGAGAAAGUCAAGGAGAAGCAAGCAUGUUGUUGACGAGAAAGCUCCCUUGUUGCCUAAACAUCAAGAUGAACAUGCGGGUUAUGAUGAAUUCAAUGGAGCUUCAUUCACUGGGGCGGUGUUCAAUUUAUCAACAACAAUUGUUGGUGCUGGGAUCAUGGCCUUGCCUGCAACAAUGAAAGUUCUGGGUUUGAUUCUUGGGAUUGACAUGAUCGUCUUCAUGGCAUUCUUAACUGAUACCUCUAUUGAAUUCUUGCUUAGAUUCAGUAGAGCUGGGAAAAAAACUUCUUAUGGAGGUCUCAUGGGAGAUGCGAUUGGAAAGUAUGGAAGAAUCUUUUUGCAAAUAUGUGUUCUGGUCAACAACAUUGGUGUACUCAUUGUAUACAUGAUUAUUAUUGGUGAUGUGCUUUCUAGAACAUCAUCAAGUGGGGUGCACCAUGAAGGUGUCCUCGAAGGGUGGUUCGGCAAACACUGGUGGAACGGACGGACCAUUAUUCUUCUCGUCACUACACUCGGCAUCUUCUCUCCCUUGGUAUGUUUUAAGUGGAUCGAUUCCUUAAGAUUUACAUCCGCCUUAUCAGUUGCUCUAGCGGUUGUGUUUCUUGUCAUCACUGUCGGAAUAGCAAUUAUCAAGCUGAUUAGUGGAACUAUAAUGAUGCCUAGGUUACUUCCCGAUGUCAUCGAUUUGACCUCAUUCUGGAAACUCUUCACGGUAGGCCCUGUUUUAGUCACUGCAUACAUCUGCCACUACAAUGUUCACAGCAUAGAUAACGAACUGGAAGACUCUACCCAGAUAAGACCGGUUGUACGAACAGCACCGGUCUUAUGCUCAUCAGUUUACAUAAUGAUAAGUUUUUUCGGGUUCCUUCUAUUUGGUGACGGAACAUUGGAUGAUGUGCUUGCCAACUUUGCUUAAUGACGCUGUCCGUUU